CCCUCGUGCCCCGCCUGCCCCUCGCCAUGCACCCGCGGCGCCCCGAGGGCUUUGACGGCCUGGGCUACCGCGGUAGCGGCCGGGAGGAGUCGGGUCCCAGGCCUUUCGGCAGUGCCUCGGAGCUGGGCCACUGGGUGACCAGUCCGCCCGACAUCCCUGGCAGCCGCAACCUGCACUGGGGCGAGAAGACGCCGCCGUACGGGGCGGGGACCCCACUGGGGGGCGCCGGCCUCAACGAGGAGCCCAACCUCGGGCCGGGCGGCCCUGGCGCCGACCAGCUGAACAGGUUUGCAGGCUUUGGUAUUGGCCUGGCAAGCUUAUUUACAGAAAAUGUGUUGGCACAUCCUUGCAUUGUUCUACGUCGCCAGUGUCAGGUUAAUUAUCAUGCUCAGAAUUAUCAUCUCACUCCAUUUACUAUUGUCAAUAUUAUGUACAGCAUCAAUAAGACACAGGGUCCAAGAGCCCUCUGGAAAGGAAUGGGCAGCACUUUCAUUGUUCAGGGCAUAACCCUGGGAACAGAAGGCAUCAUCAGUGAAUUUACACCUUUGCCAAGGGAGCUUUCACAUAAAUGGAACCUCAAGCAGAUAGGUGGACACCUUCUACUCAAAGGUUUAACACAUGUGGUAGCAAUGCCUUUUUAUUCUGCAAGCCUGAUUGAAACUGUACAGAGCGAAAUAAUUCGAGAUAAUCCUGGCAUCCUGGACUGCGUGAAAGAAGGAAUUGGCAGAGUUGUAGGCAUGGGAGUACCCCAUAGCAAGCGUCUGCUUCCUCUGAUGGUCUUGGCUUUUCCAACUGUUCUACAUGGGGUUCUUCACUACGUCAUCAGUUCCAUCAUCCAGAAGCUUGUUUUGUUUGUUCUGAAAAGGGGUAAUUCCCACAACCUUCCACCUGAGGGCUCUACUUCCAUUCAGAGCAUGCUGGAUGCUUAUUUUCCAGAACUUAUUGCUAGCUUUGCAGCUAGCCUUUGUGCUGAUGUCAUGCUUUACCCACUGGAGACAGUUUUACACCGCCUUCAUAUUCAAGGGACACGCACAAUAAUUGACAAUACGGACCUUGGCUAUGAAGUGCUUCCCAUCAAUACGCAGUAUGAGGGAAUGAGAGACUGCAUAAAUACUAUAAAACGGGAAGAAGGAAUGCUAGGUUUUUAUAAAGGAUUUGGAGCUGUUGUAGUACAGUAUACGUUGCAUGUGGCAGUUUUACAGCUUACCAAAAUAAUUUACUCAACACUGCUUCAAAAUGUUUCUUAAUCUGUUCAGGUGUGGAUUUAGCGCAGUGGGCUUAGGUUAGAGACUUACUAACCUAACUGUUGUUUAAAAUGGCUUAGAAAAUUAAGUUUGGAGAAUCCAUUCUGUGGGUGCUCCUUGCACUGUAAAGGAACUUGUUUUAAAAAUGGGGAUAUGGAUUCCUAAGUGUAAUUAAAAAAGUACUGUUUAAAUUCCACAUUAUAGACACAAAUUGUAUAUAUAAUAUGCAGACAUACAGAAGGGGAUAGAUUUUAGAUAUGGCUGGAGUGAGGAUUUACCUUUCCUCUUACUAGUUAACUGAAUUAAGGAAUGGAUGAAUUCUUAGUAUAUGCUUUAUAAACAUCACAACUGAUACUUAAUUUGAACUGCUAGCCGGUUCAAAUGGUCUUGUUCUCAUAAGUUAUAAGAACUUGCAAGUGAGAGACUGGUGGGUUUACUGGUCUUUUAAAUAUGUUUUCAACUUCACUGUUAAUGGCGCUGUAAGCAAAAUAGAAACUGUAAAAGUAACUUACACAUAAAUGUCUCCUACACACCUGUGAAUUAUUACACGUUACUUUGCUGCAGUGUGGCAGAAGAUGACGAAGAGGAAUCUUUUGCUUUGUACAAAAUAACAAAAACUUGGGUUUGGGCAAAGUUGCAGAGAAUGCAAAUUUGAUGUCCUGCAGUUUGUUUGUAAGACUUGCAGUAACUAAAGUGUGUGAAUAAAGCAAAUUAGAAGCUGA